AUGUCGGGGCGGAAAUAUAUAUCGUGGAGCGUACACCUUGGUAGACUUCAGUAUGAGAGCCAUUUUACUUCGUUUGUCCUAUGCCUGCAGAGCAUCACACACCUCUACCAAAUCUGUCCAGUAGCAGGUUCUCACUGUGGCGACUACCGAUCUAGGUGCCUGCAGUAUAGCUGCAGCUCCAGCUCCAAGUCCAGCAAUAGUGUAAGCAAGCUCCGACCUACCACAUAUAUUCAGGCUAAUGUGAGACCAGUCUCCGCCUCCGACAGAGCCGUUUGCCUUGCCCACGCAUUAGCAGCCGGACCGACAAUGCCGCAUUAUUACGCCGUACUGGACAGCCACCAGAACCAAGAGAAACUCGAGGCCCGAACGAAGUUGUAA